CGUGAAGCACCUCAGUUGGUCACCUAAGUUAUUGAAUGGAUCGGGCUUAGCUGUAUGUCGCAGUUACUCUCUGUGCCUCUCUUCCCGAUCGGAUCGGAAUUCGGUUUCUAUAGGAAUUUGCGAUCGUAUGCAAGUAUAAUCGUCGGUGCGAACACCGACGAUUAUAUAUUUCAUCGCUUUACCGUCUCUCUCUUUAUCUCUCCAAACACAGAAGUAGAUUCCAUCAAGUCACUCACACUUCAUCUACCUCCACCAAAAACAUAUACCACCUUCACAACUUCCCUUCCAUCUCUCAAAACAUGGCCCCCGUCAAAGUCAUCAAAAACGUCGCCGUCGCCGGCGCAAGCGGCAACCUUGGCCCCGCCGUCCUCAAAGCCCUCCUAGCCUCGAACCUCUUCUCCAUCACAGUCCUCACGCGCCCCUCCUCUACGCACCAAUUCCCCUCCAACGUCACCGUCCUCCCAGUCGACUACUCCUCACCCACCUCCCUAACCAGCGCUCUUACCGGCCAGGACGCCGUCAUCGCUCUCUUCGGCGCGGAGCAAGCACCCCUCCAGCUUCCCCUCCUUGAUGCCGCCAUCGCUGCCGGUGUCACGCGCUUCAUCCCCUCCGACUUCGGGUCCGACACGCACAACGAGAAAGUCAAGGGCCUUCCCGUCUACGGUAAGAAGAUUGAAGUGCAGGCUGCCGUCGCGGAGCGCGCGGCGAAGGGCCCGAUUGAGUAUACGCAGGUUAUCAACGGGCCGUUCCUGGAUUGGGGGUUUACGAAUGGGUUCCUCGCCGACCUGGGGAAGAAGACGGUGCAGCUUAUUGAUGGCGGAGAUACCGUGAUCAGCGGGACGACGAGGGAGCAUAUUGGGACGGCGGUGGUGGGCGUGCUGACGCAUCUAGAGGAGACGAAGAAUCGCGCGGUGUAUGUGAAGAACUCUGAUGUUACGCAGAAUGAGGUUGUUGAGAUUGGGAAGAAGCUGGUGGGCAGGGAGGGGUGGGUCGAGACGCAUGUGAAGAGUGCGGAUUUGGAGGCGCAGGCCUGGGCGGAUCUGAAGGCGCAGAAGUUCGAUGGGGGGCUGUGGAUCAACUUUAUUUAUAAGGCGAUCUUUGGGGAUGGGUAUGGAGGGAGUUAUGAGGGGAAGGAUAGUGCACUGCUGGGGGUUCCUGCGUUCAGUAAGGAAGACCUGGAGAAGGCUAUUAAGGCCGAGUUGGGGGAGAGUGCAGGACAGUAGGUUUACACGCGGCCGGAUGUGAAGCCUGGAUAACUGUUGUUCAUUAUAGUGAAAGCCAGAAUGGAUGGCUGGAAAUUAGACAGGCCUGCAAUUCACUUGAACAAC